UCCUCGUCUUCCUCAUCGUGAUAGCUCGACGGACGACGACGAUGGGGCUUCUCGAUAAGCUCUGGGAUGACACCGUCGCCGGACCAAGGCCGGAGAACGGUCUCGGAAAGCUCCGAAAGACGGCAUCCUUGUCUCCCCGUCCGUCCUCCUCUAAAGGGUUUUUCGUUGGGGAGGAAUCGGCUGAUGAGCCGAAGGUGACGAGGACUAUAAUGAUAAAACGGCCAUCGGGGUGUCCUUUGCCGGGAAACGGAACGCCGCCGUUGUCGCCGGCCGGAACUACACCGCCGAUCUCGCCGUUUUCCGGUGCAAGGGAAUGGAACAGGUUGAGGAGAAAAUCAUCUUCAGAUGGUCAAGAAAGUGGUGGAGCAAAUGCAGUGAUGGGAACCAGGACUACAUCUUCUUCUCAUGAAGUAUGACAAGAUCAGUCACUCAUUUAAAGCUCUGAUUUUGCUGUUUAGGUUGGAAAGGCACUGAAGAGGAACUAUAUUAAUUAAUUGCAGAGUUAGAGCUAGACAAUUCUAUCUUUUUUUUUUUUUCCUUUUGAAACUGAAACUGAUGAUGAUGAUGAUUGUGUGCAUGUAGAGUAGUUGUAUUCAGUGGUGUUUUAUUAGAGGUUGUUUUGUAAGGUGGAGUUGAAGUGAUGUUGUUGGUGCUUGUUGAUUUGUUAAUUAUGUGAUCAACUGCUUGUUAAUGUGUGAAAUUUUGUGUAUGUAUGCACAAGGUUUGUUUU